GAAGAAAAAACUUGACGUUCUUGUUUUGAAAUGCGAAGUUUGUUUGUAGCUGAGUUUUUUGUUUCUGAUCCUUUACGUUUAAAUUAUAUGCUUUAUUAUUUUAUUUCUUGAAUAUUACAUACCUAAAUGUAAGAAUAUACGUUAUAUGUAAUAAGUCCUUUGUAAUCAGUGUCCUCCUUGUAGAGAAUAAUGGUAUCAUGGUCAAUGUUUGUAAACCUUGUCAGUAGUUUUAAGCACUCAUGAGCAACACACGGGCUCUCGUGAGCUGCACAAUACUUUCUUUGCAAGACUCUUGUUUUAUAUAUCCAUGCUGCAAAGGCUGUCUGUCCAGAUUAAUUCAGGAAACGCAAAAGUUUAACUUCUGAAUCAAUAUCUUUAGGGCUACAUGUGGAAGGUGUGGAUUCACAUGUGACUUACAGAACGUGGACUACAGAUACAGGCUGUCAUUUAAAGUGUCCAGAAACCAAGAUAUAUUUGGUGUGACAGUAUUCGGUGGCUGUUUAAAUCCCUUCUUCGGCAUUACUGCUGGUGGUCUUCAACGAUUUAUUGAUUUGGAGAAAACUGGCGGCACACAUACUGUUCAACAACUGCUUGUCAAAGCUGUGGAAGACUGCUUUAUAGGAAGAUGUGUCAUUUUUGGAUUAAAGGUUCCUCAUAAUAAUGCCAAAACGCUGUCUGGACAGUUAGUGGCCUGCCAAAUAAUUUCUCCAUGCGAGUCUUUGAUGGGAUGUACUGUAAUUGCUUAUUUUAAAAACCUCUUGCAAGCAAAUUCACAUUUGUGCUCUUCUGAAUCUGCAAACGAUAUCUGUCCAUCACAACAGAAAGACUCACAAAGUUCACAACGAGAUGAACUCAACAGAUUUGAUUAUACUCCUCCAUCUUGUGCAAGGUUGGAUUCUCAACCCAGCAGUGAAGGAUUCACACUCUCAAGGGCAUGGCAGUCACCCGGCUUAUGCUUCCCUCCAGAAGCAAUAAGUAAUCAGCUGUCCAGAGAUUAUGAUCGUAAUAUAUUUUCACCAAAGAAAGAAGAGACAAGAACAUGUAAAUGCACAUGUCAAAGCAACACCAGUCAGCUGAAGCAUGAUAAUUGUAGACAGGAUGAACUAAAGAAUGAAACACAAAACACUCCCAGAAAAUCUUUUUCCUCAAGCUGUGACAUGUUUGAAUCAUCAGCACAUUUCAACAGUUCUACUGCAUGUGACACUAUGAAUCCUUUGAGCACCUUUUCUUGUGAAAAUAAUUCUGAAAUAGCUACAUCCGGACACUGCCUUGUAAGAGCUAAAUCCAGGGACGAUUAUGAUUCAACUUUUCAUGAGAAGUCACUUUACAGUCAUUCUGGUCAAAAUAUAUGUUUUGAUUUAGAAGAUGCACCUUUAUCAGAAAGCUUAGAAGAUUUUGUCAGGGUUGAGCCUCAGAUAUCAGAGGUAAAUGACACAAAGGAGCGCGGUUCAUGUAAAAGAGAUGAAAUGAUUCAAGAGCAUUCUCUGAAGAAAAAUUCAGUGGUCACAAGCUGUAUCUCAAACACUACACAAAUACCUCUUUGUGGUGAUAAAUUGUCCUCACAAAUGCGCAAUGUGAACAUAAGCUGGAAAGAGAACGAUGAAAAUGACUGCCGAGAAAAUCUUGAAAUUAAGAUGAACAAUGCUGAGACUCUGUGCACAACUAAUUCUUCAGGGCUAAAAAAGAUGCCUUUUAGUCCAUGUAAUCGCUCUACAAACAACCGGUUGUCUUUUUCUAGCAAAAAACGCACUUUAAAAAGAAAAAAAUUAACCAAAAGCAGACCAUCUGUGACUUUUUGUUCAGUUAACCAUGAAAAGAGCAAAUAUUUCGGGCACUGUGCACAAAGUGAGGUCCAUUCUGUAAACUGCAAAGUCAAGCAGGAUCUGAUUGUGUUUGAUGACCAUGGAGAGAAGUACAAUUGCUCUGUAGACUUGUUUGCUUCUGGUCAAAGCAGUAUGGACAUGAACCUUUUGGAUGUGACAGAGGUUUCUAAAGUAAAUGAACCAAGGAAUGUCAACACAUCAGAGCCUGGACUUUCAGGUUCCCUGCUUUUUUCACCAUGUUUGCAAUCCACCCCAGUUUCAAAUUAUCAACACUCGUGUGGACAGAAGACGGGGAGAACACGAAGACGUGUAAGCUCACAGUGCUCCAGAGCAAUUAAAUGUGCAUUUAAAAGUAAGACCACAGAUCUAGGUUUAAGUGAUAAAAGACUAAAGUUGGAUCAGACUGUUGGCUCUGAGAGUUUCUCAGGCGAGACAGACAAGCAGGAUGCAAGUUGUAAUUUAUCUGUAAACGUAAAUGAGUGGUCCAGAGAUCUUUUCGAAAAUUCAUUUUGAAUUACAAUAUUCUGUUUUGUAAAUAAUUUUGUAAAUAUGAAAUGUAGUUGUAAAUAACUGUUUAAAUAAUUUAUAAAUAUAAAAAUUACCCCAAUUGUUUUUUUUUUUGACUGAAUAUUAACUUUUGUUUCAGAACAAAACAAUGUUGUUGUUUUACAAUAUAUACAUACCCAGAAUUAUUUAUUCUUAUGACAUUAUAUUAAGUAUUCAUAAUUGAACUGACAUGUGUUUAAUAGUCAGUUCUGACUUACAAAUGUAUACGUUAAUAAAAUGAUAGAAAACCCUG